CGACAUCAUAAAAGGUAGUCACACACAUAACAAAAACAAUCCCAUGUUCAUGUUAUUGCUAUGUAGCUGCCACUAGUACUCAUCCUCAUCCUCAACCUCAAGUCUCUAAGUAAUUAGCACCUCAACUCAAAUUAAAACAACAUCAUCGCUAGUUUGCUAGCUGCUAAUUAACACCCAUUAAUUCUUGUUGGUCAAUACUAAACAGUACUAAACAUGGGUGUCUGCUUUGCUUCGCUCGCUCGCCACCAAACACCCUCUAAAUCCAUUCCCUACGCAGCAGGUUCAGGGCGUGAGUCCUUGGGGAGCAAGGAUGAGAAUAUGGGGAUUACUGAAAGCACUAGUAGUGUUAAUGGAGGAAGCUGUAGUAGUCAUAGCAGCAAGAACAUUGUGUUUCCUAGCGUGGAAGUGCGGAACCUGAAGGAGUUCAGUUUUGCGAAUCUGAAAGCAGCCACCAAGAGUUUCAAAUCGGAUGCAUUGCUUGGAGAAGGAGGUUUCGGAAAAGUAUACAAAGGAUGGUUGGAUGAGAAGACACUGGCACCGACCAAAGCUGGUUCUGGAAUCAUGGUUGCUAUUAAGAAAUUGAAUCCCGAAAGUAUGCAGGGCCUUCGAGAGUGGCAGUCAGAAAUCGACUUUCUAGGAAUGAUUUCGCACCCAAACCUGGUCAAGCUUUUGGGUUACUGUUGUGACGAUGUCGAAUUUCUUCUUGUGUACGAAUUCAUGCCAAAGGGAAGCUUGGAGAAUCAUCUAUUUUGGAGAAAUACAAACACAGAACCGCUCUCUUGGGACACUCGAAUCAAAAUAGCUAUUGGUGCUGCUCGGGGCUUGGCUUACUUGCACACCUCAGAAAAGCAAAUCAUAUACAGAGAUUUCAAAGCCUCCAACAUACUACUUGAUGAGGAUUACAACGCAAAAAUUUCAGAUUUUGGCUUGGCGAAAUUAGGGCCUUCGGGUGGAGAUUCACACGUGAGUACGAGGAUCAUGGGAACAUAUGGCUAUGCUGCUCCAGAAUACGUUGCAACAGGACACCUUUACGUGAAGAGUGAUGUUUAUGGUUUUGGUGUGGUGCUGCUUGAAAUGCUGACAGGGAUGAGGGCAAUUGAUAGAAACCGCCCCAUAGAGCAGCAGAAUCUAGUUGAAUGGGCCAAGCCUUCUCUCUCUGAUAAAAGCAAGUUUAAAAGCAUUAUGGAUGAAAGGAUAGAGGGUCAGUAUUCAACCAAGGCAGCAUUGAAAGCAACACAGCUUACUCUAAAAUGCCUUGAACGUGACCUUAAAAAACGUCCUCAUAUGAAAGAUGUUCUCGAGACAUUGGAAUGCAUAAAAGCUAUCAAGGUUACGAGGAAGGAAGGCAAAAAACGUUGUUCUAAGUUUGCAACUACCAACAAUGUACAAUAGCCAAAUUUAUCAUCCUUAUGUUCAGCACCUAAUGCUUGGUAAAUUACUUUGCAUUAUUGUAACACGAGGCACCAGAUAAUAUAUCAUUUUUUUUCAAAGUUAUUUUGUUAGUUGCAGGGGAAAUUUUGAUACAGCUCUGUAAUUCUUUUUUCCUACUUUGGUUGAAUAUAGUCACAUUAUUGGGGGGGUUGUGCAAGGGUAAUGAGGUUAGAUGCUUGUACACAAAGUUAUCCAAACUCCUCCCGACCAUAUAUUUAGGGAAAGUUUGGUAAGAUCAUUAUAUUGUUAUUCUCCAAUUUUUUUUUACAAUGAAUAAAGUUAGCAUGUAAAAUAUUAUGCAAAC